AUGCUCUUGAAUGAGAAACUGACCAAGUUUACAGACGUUAAAACCGAGGCCGAGAAAGAGGAAAUCCGUAACAGUCAGUCUCGGAAUCGGCUGAAUGGAAAUCCAAAGGUUGACACCGCUGAGACACAGUGCCAGGCCGGAACCGAGGCCCUGCAGGCCAGCUGCACACCUCUCCCCCCGCGGGAAUCACUCGCGCCACCCGGUUGCGGUUCGGGGCGGCGGGGGCGGAACGAACUCGUCCAAACACAACGCGGAGGUUGCCCGGCGAAGUUUGUCCCUUUGGAGGCGCCGUCCCCCUCGGCGCCCGGUUCGGGUCACGUGAGCGAGACGCACUCCGGGCCUGGGGCGGAGAAGGAGGUGACGAGAGCUGCGGGAUCCCGGGCCCGGCGGACGGCGGGCGGGAUGGAGGCCACCUUGGAGCAGCACUUGGAGGAUACAAUGAAGAAUCCAUCCAUUGUUGGAGUCCUGUGCACAGAUUCACAAGGACUUAAUCUGGGCUGCCGUGGGACCCUGUCAGAUGAGCAUGCUGGGGUGAUAUCUGUUCUAGCCCAGCAAGCAGCUAAGCUGACCUCAGACCCCACUGAUAUUCCUGUGGUGUGUCUAGAAUCAGAUAAUGGGAACAUUAUGAUCCAGAAACAUGACGGCAUCACUGUGGCAGUGCACAAGAUGGCCUCUUGACGGCUUAUAUCAGUUCUCCAGCAGCCUGUCACCAGGGCUCAAUCCUACCUGUGUAAAUGAUCUUGUAGAACUAUGAAAGUCCCAGUAGUUAGGCCAUUUAUUUAGUGUUGUAUUGGGCACAUUUCUAUUAAUUUUAGAGUAAGCUGCUUUUUGACACUCAGUGGACUGACUUAACCCAAAUAUUAGUAAGAAAGGAUCAUGUUUUGAAGCAGCAGGUCCAGGUCACUUUGUACAUAGAGUUUUCUUAUGUUCAAUAAAUCUGGUCAGAGGAAAG